CUAGGAGAGGGAUAAUGUUUUAUCUUGUUCUCGGGUAGCUCUCAAGCAGCGGCCAAAUGAACGCCGUGUCCAGAACCCAGCCUGAUUUCGUUGAAGAUAUCUCCGGCGAGAGUGAUUCGGAUACGACCUCCGAUGAAGCGUCAAUGUACUACCAGCCAAUCUCCGCCGACGGGGAUGAGGACGAUCAGACUUCCGAUCAACAUUCAUAUGUUCGUACCGAGAACGGAGAUCAAUCCGGCACUAACUUUAACCGCUUGCCGAACGGGUACGCGCGCUGCCUUGAGAACGGAGUUUCGUCUCUGGAUCUGAGCGAUGAGGACGGUGAGGAGGAGGAGGAGAGGAUAAGGGCCGCUUCUGAAUCUGCGCUCCGGAGAGCUCUUAGAGAAGACGAGAGUCGUCGCAGUGCUUCGCUGACACCGGAGAAUGCAGUCAGAAUCAGGGAGGCCAUGCGAGGAAUCUCGUUCGGCGGAGCACCUCCUGGUUGGGCGGCUCAGGUCCCGGAGAGCCAGUGGAUCCAGAGGCUUCAAAGAAUACGACAGGCAUCUUCUAUUACCACUUCUCCAAUUCAUGAUUGAACCUUUCAAACUCGGUUUAUGUUGAAAAUUGUUCUAAACCUAAUGCACAUCUUCUGUUUGAUGAAUUGUCCAUCCUUCUUCUUUGUCAAACUUUUCACUCUGAUUUUAUGUGAAACUUGAUUGUUACUCUGUUCUGUCUUUUUCUGUUUCAAACCUAAACAUUUGAUCUGAACUGAACAGUUCAUUUC